GUCCCAGAGAUUGCCUUGUCAAUACAUUAACGCGUUCAAAUAAAAGAUUUCAAUUUCCGACGUUUCAAAGAAGUCGAGCGCGUGGGAGAAACCGGUCACUUAGUCCCGUCUUUGCCCGGCUAAGGAACAGUCUUCGGUUUCCAGCUUGAGAAUCGCUUUAGACGAUGAGAUGUUGAGAAGCCCUAGAUUUCUUGUGUAAUUUUCCAAGAGAGUUGAAGUCCUUCAAAGGGAAUCAGAGAACAAGUCCGCGGCUCUGGUUGAAGGCCGCCACUGGUUUCUCCCGAGUCCUGAUUCACUCAACAGUCAUCACUCGAAGGUUCUCUCGAAGUUGAGUUUCUGUCUUCACAUUACCUGUACUGAGAUGGCAAACGACAUAACAAUUAGUGCAGCGCUUGUUCCGGGUUCAGAAAUCCUCUAUGAGACUACCCUAGCCCUAAUUGAAACUGUAAAUGCCGCCAACUCAGUUCUAGUUCAGAAGGAGAAUUUCGACAAAUUUUCAACUUACAUGGAGAGAAUUACAUUGGUCUUAAGAGAGUUGUCCAAGUUAGAUAUGCAACCUUCUGACAGCUUAAAACAUGCUGUAGAGAUUCUAAACGGGGAGAUUAAAGUCGCUAAGCAGUUGACUCUAAGUUGUAUCAACAGAAACAAGGUCUAUCUCUUUCUCAAUUGCCGGAGAAUCAUUAAACAGUUAGAAGGCAAUACAAUCGAAAUUAGCCGGGCUUUGGGCCUUCUCUCCUUGGCCUCUUUGGAUGGUUCAUCCGUUGUAAAUGAUGAGAUCACCAAGCUAUGCAAGAGUAUGCUUGAUGCCAGGUACCGAAUAACUAUAGCAGAACAAGAAAUAUUGGAGAAAAUUGAGUCAGGAAUUGAAGAGAGGAAUGUUGAUCGAUCCUAUGCGAAUAAUUUGGUAAUACUUAUUGCUGAGGCUGUAGGAAUCUCAACUGAACAAUCGGAAGUCAAGAGGGAAUUUGAGGCACUAAAGAGCGUAAUCGACAAUGAUCAGCUGAGGGAAGACAUGGCAGAAGCUUUACAGAUGGAACAGAUCGUUGCGUUGCUAUGCAAGGCUGAUAUGAUCACAACUCCAGAGGAGAAAGAGGUGAAGUAUUUAAGCAAGCGACAUUCCUUGGGUAGACAGCCACUGGAACCUCUCCAGUCGUUUUAUUGCCCAAUCACUAUGGAUAUCAUGGUGGACCCCGUGGAAACUUCCCAUGGGCAGACAUUUGAAAGAAGUGCAAUAGAGAAGUGGUUGGAAGAGGGUAACAAGCAGUGUCCUUUAACAAUGAACCCCUUGAACAAGUCGCUUUUGCGAUCCAACAAAACUCUUCGUGAGUCAAUUGAAGAAUGGAAGGACCGGAAUACCAUGAUUACCAUUGCUUCCUUGAAACCAAAGGUUCAGUCAAACGAGGAGCAAGAAGUACUUCAUUCCCUUGGAAAGCUGCAGGAUUUAUGUGUUGAAAGAGAGUUGCACAAGGAAUGGAUAAUUAUGGAGGACUAUGUACCAAUUCUUAUUGGUCUCCUUGGUGCAAAAAUCUCUGAAAUAAGAAAGAAUGCUCUCGACAUCCUUUUUUCCCUUGCAAAGGAUAAUGCUGAUAACAAGGAGAGAAUUGCUAAAGUAGACGAUGCCAUUGAGCUCAUUGUUCAUUCCCUUGCGCGUAAGGUAAACGAGAGUAAGGCAGCACUGAGGUUGCUGUUAGAAUUAUCAAGAAACGAUGUGGUAAGGAACUUAAUUGGAAGGGUUCAGGGUUGUAUACUUCUAGUAGUGACAAUGUCCAGCAGUGAUGAUCCUCAAGCUGCAAAAGAUGCCCAUGAGAUUUUAGGGAAUCUAUCCUUCCUUGAUGAGAAUGUUGUUCAGAUGGCAAAUGCAAAUUAUUUUGGACCUUUGUUGCGCCUUCUUUCUUCAGGAACUGAAAGUGUUAAAAUGAUGAUGGCCAAGACUUUAUCAGAGGUUGAGUUGACUGAUCACAGCAAACUGUCUCUAUUUAAAGACGGGGCAAAAGGUCCACUUCUGCAAUUGCUCUCACACGAUGAUAUAGAGAUGAAGAAAGUGUCUGUUAAAGCUCUUCAGAACCUCUCAACCAUUCCACAAAACGGACUGCAGAUGAUUAGAGAAGGUGCUGUGGGCCAACUGUUUGAACUUCUUUACUGUCACAGGUUAUCAUCAACAAGUUUGCGUGAGCAAGCAGCGGCUACGAUUAUGAACCUUGCCAUAUCAACUACUGCCCCUGAAGCUGAUCAGAUGAAAGUGUCGAUAUUUGAUUCAGAGGAAGAUAUUUUCAAACUCUUUUCUCUCAUUUCUUUGACAGGCCCCCAAGUGCAACAAAGCAUUCUCCAAACGUUUAUUGCGAUGUGCCAAUCUUCUUCCGGUUUUGAGAUCAGUACUACAUUAAGACAGAUUUCUGCUACUAGAGUGCUGGUUCAAUUGUGCGAACUCGACAACAACACUCUUCUUCGUGCAAGUGCCGUGAAGCUGUUCCAUUGCUUGACACAAGACUGUGAUAACAACAGCUUUCUGGAACAUGUGACGCAGAGAUGCAUGGAAACCUUGUUAAAAAUCGCAAAAACUUCUAACGACACAGAAGAGAUUGCUUCUGCUAUUGGUGUAGUAUCCAACCUCCCUAGAGAUUCCCAGAUGACUGAGUGGCUCCUAAAUUCCAACACGCUACAAGUUAUCUUUACUUUUCUUGCCACUGGAAACACAGAUAGUUCUUACAAAAAAGAGGUGGUAGAGAAUUCCGCUACAGCUCUCUGUCGUUUCACCGUUCCAACAAACCAUGAAUGGCAGAAAAAGGUAGCAGAAGCCAGAUUCAUACCCCUGUUAGUGGAUUUGCUAGUCUCCGGAACUUCAUUGACAAAAAAAAGUGUUGCCAUUUCACUAAAACAGCUUUCAGAGAGUUCUUCAGCUUUGAGCACCCCAGCAAAGAAGAAGAAAGUGGUAUUCGCUUGUUGCUUGGGGUCGCCUGAUCCUGGUUGCUGCCCCGUUCACUCAGGCAUUUGUACUCCUGAAUCGUCGUUUUGUCUUUUGGAGUGUGAUGCGAUCAAACCCCUUGUGAGUGUUCUCGAAGAGAGAGAUACCUGUGCAAGUGAAGCUUCUUUAGAUGCACUAUUGACAUUGAUUGAAGGUGAGCAAUUACAGAAAGGGAGUAAGGUGCUGGAUGAAGCCAAUGCCAUUGGCUCAAUAGUAAAGAUGUUGAGUUCUGACUCGCCCCGGUUGCAAGAGAAAGCUCUCAAGGCGUUAGAGAGGGUUUUUAGAUUGCUGGACUUGAAACAGAAGUAUGGGCCUUCAGCACAGCUGCCAUUAGUUGAUAUUACGCAGAGAGGAACUAGUAGUAUGAAAUCUACUGCUGCUAAGACACUUGCUCAUUUGAAUGUGAUUCACGAUCAGUCUUCUUUUUUCUGAUCUAGGCUUUUUAAUUCCAUUUAUUACAGAAAAUAUAUGAUUUUCUGAUGUAUUGAUUGUAAUUAUCUGUUAGUACAAGGUUACCCAGAAAGCAGAAUAAGGGCAUAAUACCUUUGCCAA